ACGAAGAACAGAAAAUAACCACCGGAACGCCGAUGAACGGACUCUAUCACGAAAAGAAAAUCAUUUACAUCAUAAAAUCAUGCACCCAAAAAACCCAUCUACUCCAGCUCCACGCCCAUCUCCUCUGCUCCGCCCAAUUUCACAACCCCGCCGUUUUCCUCCCCUUCCUCUCUCGUUCGUCUCUCCCUCCGCUGCGCGAUCUAUCUUACUCCGGCAGAAUAUUCUCCGACUUCCCGGAUCCCAAUGUUUCACUAUACAACACCAUGAUCAGGGCUUAUUCAUUCAGCCGUGAGUCAGCCCCCACCGGCUUUCUCCUCUACCAAGAAUUAAAUCGUUUAGGCAUUUCAUCGAACGCUUUAUCCGCCACCGUCGCAAUCAAGUGCUGUACCAAGAUCAAAUCUUUUUCCAACGGAAUCCAGAUUCACGCGAAGAUUUGGAAAGACGGGUAUCUCUCCGACAACCUUUUGUUAACCACAGUGAUGGAUUUCUACUCAUCUUUAGAGAAGGGCAGUGAGGCCUGCAAGGUGUUCGAUGAAAUGUCUCACAGAGAUGUUGUUGCUUGGAAUGUGUUGAUCUCUUGCUGCACUCGUAACGGCCGCACACGAGACGCCUUGUCCUUGUUCGAGAGGAUGUCAACAAACUCAAACGCGUGCCGACCGGACGACGUCACUUGUUUACUUGCUCUCCAAGCUUGUGGGAGCUUAAAUGCAUUAGAGUGGGGCGAAAAAAUCCACACCUACAUAGUCGAAAACGAUCUCCUCAAAGCCAAAAGUGUUUGUAAUUCUCUCAUUGCAAUGUACUCACGAUGUGGGUGCAUCGAGAAAGCCCACGAUGUAUUUAAGAAUAUGGUCGGUAAAAACGUCGUUUCGUGGACCGCCAUGAUAUCAGGUCUAGCAAGCAACGGCUAUGGUAGAGACGCCAUCGCAGCGUUCGAAGCGAUGCAAAAGGAAGGCAUUUCCCCCGGCGACCAAACUUUCACCGGAGUAAUAUCAGCCUGCAGCCACUCCGGCCUAGUUGAAGAGGGUCGGCGAUUUUUCCAAUCCAUGAUCCAAGAUUUCAAAAUCCAACCGAACAUCCACCAUUACGGGUGCAUGGUGGAUCUCUUGGGCCGGGCCGGUUCACUAGACGAGGCUUACAAUCUCAUAUCUUCGAUGAGAAUCAAUCCCGACGCCGCAAUGUGGCGGACGUUGCUCGGUGCGUGUAGAAUCCACCGGAACAUUCCUCUCGGAGAACGUGUGGUCGACCAUCUCGUCGAGCUCAAGGCUCAAGAAGCGGGCGAUUAUAUUCUUUUAUUAAAUAUUUAUUCUUCGAACGGGGAUUCGGAUAAGGUUGUGGAAGUGAGGGAAAUGAUGAAGAACAAGGGAAUUCGGACUACGCCCGCUUGUAGCACGAUGGAGUUGAAUGGAGAGGUGCACGAGUUUUUUGCGGACGAUGUUUCGCAUCAUAAGAGGAAGAAGGAGAUUUACGAAAUGCUUGAGGAGAUCAAUCAACAACUUGUGAUUGGUGGAUAUGUUGACGAUGGUGUGAGUUGUGGUGGGGUCCACAGUGAGAAAUUGGCGGUUGCUUUUGGGGUGCUUAUGACAGCGCCGGGGACCACAAUUAGGGUUGCGAAGGAUCUUAGGAUAUGUGUGGAUUGUCAUAAUUUUUGCAAGGUUUUGUCGUCGGUUUAUGAUCGGAAAGUGGUGGUUAGGGAUCGGAAUCGGUUUCAUCAUUUUCGUGAGGGGAGCUGCUCUUGCGGCGAUUAUUGGUGAUGCUGUUGUUCUUGCAGUUUUUGGGGAAUCUUUGUGCUCCACAAAAGAUUCCCCACUGUUUUUUUUUUAAAUCUUACUUCUUUUUCUUUUUCCUAAUUCCUUUAUACAAAGUUAAUAAAGAGAUUUAGGCUUUGUUCGGUUGUCACUGUUAAUCAAUGUAACGUAUGAACCCGUGUCG